AACACACAAAUACACAGCGGUGAAUUAUGCCGGUGUACGUGCCUCAUAUUUAGAUGCUGUCAGAGCUUCUGAUUUUAUCUCGAGAGUUUGUCUAACUCCCGGAUCGGGCCUUCCUUCAUGUUAGCCCUCCUGGUGGUAGCUCUGCCGGGGGAGAGGCGACAGAGGAGGCCGGGCUCGAAGACAUGGAGGCGAAGCGUCUUUGCAGAGGGAGUGAGCUGUAGGACGUGGUGAUUUCUCCGGGAGUGUUGGCACUCCUAGAAUGGACUCUGAACACAUCGGAGGGGAUAUGUCACCUUUGUAUGUGCCAAGAAAGAGAAAGUCAAUCCAGUCACAACCUAAAAGUGGAGUGCCAUGUCCAGUUGUUCAGCGAAUACCAGAAAGAACCUGUGAAUUAAACUCAGCUGGAUAUCCCAAGAAUGACGAGUCUGAAGCUCAAGAUGAUCUAAAGAUGAAGAGAACUUACGGUAGAAAAAGGUAUGAGGACCUCCAGAGUGUUUCCAUAGGAACAGUAGAUUACCCAACCACCAGCUGCUCAGUGAUGUCAUCGGGUGGCCUGGCCAAUGGGGCAGACCCAGGGUCCAUGGCUCCGCCCACUGCAAGGCUGCCUCCAAGACUCAUAGGGAAGGAUGUUUGGCCUCAAGGCCCCGAGACCAGCAGGGAGCCUCAGGACCACAGCUGGAACUCCAGCAGGGACCGAGGCCCAGAGGCCUGGGCCCCGGGGAGAGACCGACCUCAGGAGCAGGUGUGGAACUCCAGCAGAGACCGAGCAGGACACUCCAGUCAAGACCAGGCAUGGAUUCCAGGCAGGGAAAGGGGUCAGACUGGACAGGACCAGGCCUGGAUGACGGGCCGGGACCGAGGUCCUGAGCAGGGCUGGGUGGCCGGCAGAGACCGAGGCCAGGAUCAGGCCUGGAACGCAGGGAGGGAUCCGGGAAGAGACCGGGCCUCGGCAGGGCCAGAGCAGGCGUGGGGAAGUGGACGAAGCCAAGACCAAGGCUGGAGCAACACAAGCAGAGACAGAGGACAUGUCUGGAGACCUGACUUGAACAUGAAGAGAGUCCAGAGAGCGGACACUGAGCGAAGCCCAGCUGUUAAUAACUUCUGUCAGCCACCAGAGGGCAGAGACUCCUGUUCAGAUGCAGCCAGUGUUGGUGAGGCAUCGACGGCUCAACCCAGCGAGGACCAGAAGCCCCCGAUUCUCUCCACCAAGAAGGAGCCUCCUAGCUACCCUCCAGGAAGCCAAGAGGAGCGCUGGCAGCUCCAGAUUGUGGCCAAAGGCAGAGUCACCUGUCCGAAAUGUAAAAGUGUGAGCAGGAAGACUGUGGAGGGGCUGAAGAAGCACAUGGAGAACUGCAGACUGCAACCCUUUACCUGCCAACACUGUGGGAAACAGCUGAAGUCUUCAACAGGGAUGAAGUAUCACAUCAUGGCUGACCACAGCCAUCUGCCCUCAGCAGACGAUGCGAAGGACCUGGAUGAUCGCGCCAUCAAAGACAAACUGCGUAAAAUCCUGAAGAGACUGGGCAAAUUAAAAUGCUCCAAAGAGGGCUGUAAUGCUGCCUUCACCAGCAUCAUGGGCUACGUGUACCACAUGAAGAAGUGUGGGAAGGAGGAGUCUGAGCUGGAGAAGAUGCUGCUGAAUUGCUCUCACUGCGGGAAAACCUACAAGUCCAAAGCCGGUCUGGAGUACCACCUGAAAUCCGAGCAUGCGCCUACACCCCAGAAGAGUGAGGAGGACGAGGCGCUGAAGGCCCACAGAGAGGCCAACCCAGAGAGGACGGCCAGCGGCAGGGUGCAGCGAGCAUCGGCUCAGGUGGCAAAUUUCCACCUUGCUGAGAUCGCCAACAACGAGCUGCCCAAAGACUGGCCCAAGAGGAAGUUUCAAUCCGACCUGGUGCCAGAUGACAAAAAGUUGAAAUAUGCCCGACCAGGCCUGCCUGCCUUCAGCCAAGAAGUGCUGAGGAAGUGGAAGAAUGAGGUGAAGCUGCAGAGGAAAGUGCAAUGCCCCAACCAGGGUUGUGGCUCCACCUACACCAGUGUGUCUGGACUAAAAGCCCAUCUGGGACUCUGCACGAGGGGCGACUUUGAGGCUGGGAAAUACAGAUGUUUGAUCUGCAACAAAGAGUUUAACUCAGAAAGUGGCGUGAAGUACCACAUCAACUCUGUCCAUUCGCAGGACUGGUUCGUGACAAACAAAAAGGCCUCCAAGAAGUUUGAGAAGUUCCUCAAAAGCCAGCCUAAGGAGUUUGUCCAUAAUGUGGACAAGCAGAUGGUCGACCACUACCACCAUCAUCAUCAUCACCUCCAGCAUCAUCAGCAUCACCACCACCACCACCACCAUCAGCAGCAGCAGCAGCAGCAGCUCCAGCAUCAACCCAUGCAGCACCCUCUGCAGCCACUGCAUCACCUCCAGCAUCAAACCCAGCUCCUCCAUCCAGAGCACCAGAACCUCCCUGCGCAGAUGGACACCCAGCUCCAGCAGCCGAUGCUCCACUACACCCCUUUAGAGCCUCCUCCUGCACCGAUGUGGGUGGAUAUGGAGCGGGGAGGAGCAGUGCCGGGAGCAGAGCAGGCCCCGAUCGAGAUGGAGAUGGCAGAUGUUGAUAAACAUGAAGAGGACAACGGCGAGAUGGUGGAGGAGAAAAGGAGAGAGAAGGGGGAGGGAGGAGGGGAGAGGGGGAAGGCUGAUGGGAAGCAGAAGGAUUGCUUUGCUUUCAGCGGCGGUGAGGGUGGCGGUGGUAGCGGAGGCAGCAGCAGCAGUAGCAGUAGCAGCAGUAAUACCGGCAGCUCGUCCAGCGAAUCAGAGGUGGAGCAGCAGGACGGGCAGAGACAGAUUGACCAGUGGAAUCUGAAACGGCCAGGCAGCAUGGAGCCCCACCCUGAGGCUGGAAAGGGACAGAGGAACACUUAA